AUGCUAAAUAAAGAGAAAACUAACCAAGUUAGCCCAGCAAUAGAAAGAAAUAGUGCAGAAGAAACAGCCCAAAUGUUUCCUAAAAGUAUUGAAUAUAAUGAGAAUAAAGAAUAUAAUUCUGGCCUUAUUUCUAGACUAAGAGCUAUUAGAUCUCAAGCAGACGAAGAUACCAAAGUUGAUCUUGAGUAUCACUACAAGCAGUGCUUUAUUGCUUUAGCAAUUCAUUAUGCACAUAUAUUUUUAGGCCCUAUCUGCAUUCCUUUGCUGUGAUGGCUUUUUGGAAAACCACUGUGCACUAAUCUCGGAUAUGGGAAAAGCAAAUUUUACUGAAGAGAGUUCUCACUCUGGCUCUGGACUCUUUUAAUUAUCAUUUUUUGAUCUUUAAACUCUCAGGACUUUAGUCAAUGGCAAUGCUUGAUUUUUACAAGUCUUUGCACUCAGUUUUUGAGGACAACCUUAAUUUCUCUAAAAUAUGGGUAUUUUACUAUUGAUAGGUGGAAUUUGAUGAGCAUAGAGUUUAUUGACUCUGAAAAGCUUAAAUUUGAGUAUAUUAUUACAUGGAUCAAAAUUCCGACUGAAAUUAUUGACCAUGAGCUAAUGCAAGCGGUUUAUAGAUUAAAUAAGACUCCUAAUGAGAUUUGUGUAUUAUUUGAUGUGCCACUGCCUGAUAUGUGCAAAGAAGCAAUGCUCAAAUUUCAGAAUGAUUAUGGGAUUGAAAUCGUUCAUAAGAACUUAUGUCAGCAUAAAGGCAAUGAAUGCAUAUCGACCUUUCUUUUUGCUAGAGCUAUCAUUGACUAUGUCGUCCAAGUGUGCGACACAAAAUUAGAAGUUAAUAUUAUUCGGCUGCUUGCUGCAUUUUACUGUACUCUACCUUUUAUGGUGACUUCACCUGACGCCUAUUUCAUAACGACUAUUUUUUUUUGGCCUAUUUUUUUUAGCCUAUUUUGUUUUGGCCUAUUUUGUUUUGGCCUAUUUUGUUUUGGCCCUUCUUUGCUGGCCUAAUUUUUUUUGAGGUGAAAAAAAGUAGGCCAAAAAAAUAGGUGAAAAAAAGGCCAAAAAAAAUAUACUGAUUGCCCGAUGAUGGCGCUCAAUGCGCCAUCAUCGGGCAAUUUCUAUAGUCGUUAUGAAUUAGUCGUCGUGUGAAGACACGACCUUUUAUAGUCAGAUACGUGAUGUAUGGCUCGAUCCAAAAUACUGAUCCUUUGUUUAUCAUUUUUUCUAUAUAUAGCUCAGUUCUGAACUACUAUUUCGGCUCCUCUUUUAUGAUCUUUGUUUAUAUAGGAGUGUUUGACUUCAGAAGGAAAAAAAUGCUGAUGGACGAGUGCACUGCAUUAAUCAGCGACGUUGAAAAUAAAAAUACUUUCUCUUAUGAGCACAGCAUACCUCUACUGAAUAUGAAAGAUGUGAGAACAAUUGAGUCGUGAUAUAUUUUACCUACUACUUACUUAAUUAGGUGGUUAGAGUCCACUUUGUUAAAUCGGCUACCGAGGAUCUCUCAAGGUGAUUCAUCCGCUUUGCGGUAACGUCUACUUUCCAUCGUCCGUAGGGGGGUGCCUGGCUGUCACCUCCUCCUGUUGCAAUGCAGUAGUUCAAGUAUUGAGUUGGAAAGUUCCUGGGGCCUUGCUUCAGACCGCAGCGGCAAGGUUGCCUUCACAGAAAAUUCAAAAGAUAGAUUUUCUGGCCAACUGUCGGCAAAAAGGAAAACUUGUAGCCCAGGCCGUAACCCCUGGUUUCACAGUGGGAAUAUGCCCGAUGGGUCCAAAAGACCUUGCUAGGCAAUCUCUUUCCAAUUUCUAAGCCUCCUCCCUCAAGGUAAAACCCAAGUUGGAAAAUUGGUAAGGCUAGGCUCCUUACACCACAGAAAUUGCUUACCUAGCAUAGUUGCCUAUUUUCCACCUUUGUAAAACCUUGCCGAUAUGCUCGAAGAUUGCAUGGCCUCCGGCCAUGCUUUAGCUGAGACACCAUUUUUAAUUAUAAUUCAUGAUAUAUCAUGAGAAACGUUUUUUUGGAUUUCGGAAGAAAAUACACAUAUAGGCUGUUUCUAUACUGCGGUUUGGUGCUUCCUCUGUGCUUUGUGGCGCUAGGAUUUGUGGUAUUGCAGAUUCUCAACUUAGUGAGUGGCAUUUAUAGCAGCUCUUUGGUCGGAAUAUUUUUUUUGAUUAUUGUCUGUUUAAUUUUCAUCAUUUAUAUGAUCAUCACUGGUGUAGAGCUGAAUAGACUUUUUGCGGUGCAUAGAGAUUUGCUAUUGAAUAUUAUGGAAUUUCUAGUAAAAGAAGGAGCCUAUAAAAAUGAUGAAACACUGCAAUCUGCAUUAAAAAUCCUUGAGCUUGAAGUCAAAAAGCUUGAACAAGAUGAGCUGCUUAGACCGAUAAAAAUUAUGGGAAUGAGAACUGACUCAGUUUUCUUUGCGAAGAUGCUGGCUGUCUUUUUCAGUGGUUUAGUUGCAAUGGGACAGCUAUAUCUAAAAAAUUCCGGAAGUGUGGUAUAA